CAAAGUACCAGCUCAGAAGAGAUGGUGCCAAGUUCUCCUUCACCUCCCCCACCUCCACGUGUUUACAAGCCUUGCUUCGUGUGCAAUGAUAAGUCUUCUGGAUAUCACUACGGGGUCAGCUCCUGCGAAGGGUGCAAGAAUAAUCAAUGAUUUCAGCUUAGUAUUUGCUCCAUUCCCUGCACCACAGAGGGUGGUACAUGUUCAAACAGUUCUGCUGGAAAGGGCUGCUUCAUAUUUAGAAAGGAAACAUUCCACUAUUUUUUCAGAACAUUUUUUUCUUGUGAUCAAUAGCGAGCAAUGUCCCGCUUUGUUUUCAUAGUUUCUUACCUCCUCCGCUAUGAUCUUGUAGUUCAUUCUUUUGUAAUUUUGUGUCAAACAUGCACAGUGUCUUAUUCCUCAGGUCACUAUCUCUACCAUUGUGUCCUCGUAGCUAACUGUUUUUGUCUCCCACAUACUUGUUCUUAUAUAAAUCACUCGUGUAUCAUUAUUGGCCUUGUCUUCAUUCCUUUUGUCUUACGCUCACCCCAUCCAUUCACCUCACACCCUUCCCUCUGUCUGGCAGGGUUUCUUCCGUCGCAGCAUACAAAAGAAUAUGGUGUACACUUGUCAUCGUGAUAAGAACUGCCAGAUCAAUAAGGUGACACGAAAUCGCUGCCAAUUUUGCCGACUACAGAAAUGCUUUCAGGUCGGGAUGUCAAAAGAAGCUGUGCGAAAUGACAGGAACAAGAAAAAGAAAGAAAUCAAAGAAGAGCCGGUGGUAUCGGACAGCUAUGAGAUGCCUCCUGAGAUGGAAGAACUUAUUCAGAAAGUCAGUAAAGCCCAUCAAGAAACCUUCCCUUCUCUCUGCCAGCUCGGCAAAUACACUACGAAUUCCAGUGCCGACCACAGAGUGCAGCUGGAUCUUGGCCUAUGGGACAAAUUCAGUGAACUUGCCACCAAAUGCAUCAUCAAGAUUGUGGAGUUUGCCAAACGCUUGCCCGGCUUCACCACCUUGACCAUCGCCGACCAAAUAACCUUGUUGAAAGCUGCUUGCCUUGACAUCCUGAUGCUACGAAUUUGCACACGCUACACCCCGGAACAAGACACCAUGACUUUUUCAGAUGGAUUGACCUUGAACCGGACUCAGAUGCACAAUGCCGGUUUUGGUCCUCUCACAGACUUGGUUUUUGCCUUUGCUGGUCAAUUGCUCCCGUUGGAAAUGGAUGACACAGAAACAGGACUCUUGAGCGCCAUCUGCCUUAUCUGUGGAGAUCGGAUGGACUUGGAAGAGCCAGAAAAAGUAGAAAAGCUCCAAGAGCCAUUGCUGGAGGCUCUGAAAUUUUACGCUCGAAGACGAAGGCCCAACAAGCCUUACAUGUUUCCCCGCAUGCUCAUGAAGAUCACAGAUUUAAGAGGAAUCAGCACCAAAGGCGCUGAGCGGGCAAUCACAUUGAAAAUGGAGAUUCCAGGACCUAUGCCUCCAUUGAUCCGUGAGAUGCUGGAGAAUCCAGAGGCGUUUGAGGAUGGUGCAGACACCCCUAAACCCAGUGAACCCUCCUCCAGUGAUAGCAGUGAGGGCAGCCCUACAGAGGAAGAUAGCAGCGGUUCCAAGACUCCUUAGCCGUCCAAAACAUACAGGGAAGAAGGUUCUUCCUCUUGAACUUCUCCAAAGAGCCAUGAUGGUUUCACCCCCUCAUAUAUAUAUAUGAGGCAUUCCGGGGUGACCCAUAAGCAGGGUUAUAAGCCUUGUGUAGUGCUCUAUUCUGCUCUUAUUUACUGAUGCAAAAAGAAAGCCUUACUCACUGAGAGGACUGGAAUGGGACUUCACCAACAGCAAUACAAUACCCAGGGCACCAUGGGGGGAAUCCAUAAAAAUGACUUCAAAUAUGGGCACAACGACGUAACCCCCAUAUUGAGCAAUAGGUGCAGGAGCUAUUGACGCUUCGACAUGAACUGGAUUAUUUUUUAGGAGCCCACUCCACUCAGUAUUUUGCCAAAGAUCUUUCUUGAUGACCAAUAAUCCUCUAAAGAGACUACGAGACAGGACGAUCAGCUGAAGAACUCAGCGGUGUCAGCACAAUACCUUACCUUGAAGUGUCUGAAGCACAUUGGUCUGCGUGUGUACAUAUGCAUAUACAUAUAUAUACUAGCACACAUUGACAUAUAUGUAUGUGCGUCAUUAAAUAUAUUUGCUAUUGCAAUGUUUCUAUGCUUUUAUUAUUUUUUUUUCCAUUGGCUGAACGAGGUCACAUGACUACAAAUAAAGCCCGUUAUACUUUACAAUGACAUCACUUGUGUGG